GGGCAGAUAGACGGACCGCCAGCCCCGCGAGGGCGCGCGGACAGUCGGGCGGAGGUGUUGGAGAAAGAGCAGGGGACGUAGGAGGAGGCUGAGCAGGGGCUGGGGCCGGGCCGGACCCGCGGGGGAGACAUGCGAUUGGUGACCGAGUCGAGCGGACGGACGGCGCGCCCGAGAUGCAGGUGAGCGAGAGGAUGCUGGCCGGGGGUGUGAGGAGCAUGCCCAGCCCCCUCCUGGCCUGCUGGCAGCCCAUCCUCCUGCUGGUGCUGGGCUCGGUGCUGUCAGGCUCGGCCACAGGCUGCCCUCCACGCUGUGAGUGCUCUGCCCAGGACCGAGCUGUGCUCUGCCACCGCAAGCGCUUCGUGGCAGUGCCCGAGGGCAUCCCCACCGAGACACGCUUGCUAGACCUGGGCAAGAACCGCAUCAAGACUCUCAACCAGGACGAGUUUGCCAGCUUCCCACACCUGGAGGAACUGGAACUCAACGAGAACAUUGUAAGCGCCGUGGAGCCCGGCGCCUUCAAUAACCUCUUCAAUCUCCGGACGCUGGGGCUCCGAAGCAAUCGUCUGAAGCUCAUCCCACUGGGCGUCUUCACCGGCCUCAGUAACCUGACCAAGCUGGACAUCAGUGAGAACAAGAUCGUCAUCCUGCUGGAUUACAUGUUCCAGGACCUGUACAACCUCAAGUCGCUGGAGGUCGGGGACAACGACCUAGUCUAUAUCUCUCACCGCGCCUUCAGCGGCCUCAACAGCCUGGAACAGCUGACCCUGGAGAAGUGCAACUUGACCUCCAUCCCCACGGAGGCGCUGUCCCAUCUGCACGGCCUCAUUGUCCUGCGGCUCCGGCACCUCAACAUCAAUGCCAUCCGGGACUACUCCUUCAAGAGGUUGUACCGGCUCAAGGUCUUGGAGAUCUCCCACUGGCCCUACUUGGACACCAUGACCCCCAACUGCCUCUACGGUCUCAACCUGACAUCCCUGUCCAUCACACAUUGCAAUCUGACCGCCGUGCCCUACUUGGCUGUGCGCCACCUGGUCUAUCUCCGCUUCCUCAACCUCUCCUACAACCCCAUCGGCACCAUCGAGGGCUCCAUGUUACAUGAGUUGCUUCGACUGCAGGAGAUCCAGCUGGUGGGUGGGCAGCUGGCUGUGGUGGAGCCUUAUGCCUUCCGUGGCCUCAACUACCUGCGCGUGCUCAACGUCUCUGGCAACCAGCUGACCACGCUGGAGGAGUCAGCCUUCCACUCGGUAGGCAACUUGGAGACACUCAUUCUGGACUCCAACCCACUGGCCUGCGACUGCCGUCUCCUGUGGGUGUUCCGGCGCCGCUGGAGGCUCAACUUCAAUCGUCAGCAGCCUACCUGUGCCACGCCCGAGUUUGUCCAGGGCAAGGAAUUCAAGGACUUCCCCGAUGUGCUCCUGCCGAACUAUUUCACCUGCCGUCGCGCCCGCAUCCGGGACCGCAAGGCCCAGCAGGUGUUUGUGGAUGAGGGACACACAGUGCAGUUUGUGUGCCGGGCAGAUGGAGACCCACCCCCUGCCAUCCUCUGGCUCUCACCCCGUAAGCACCUGGUCUCAGCUAAGAGCAACGGGCGGCUCACAGUCUUCCCUGAUGGUACUCUGGAAGUGCGCUACGCCCAGGUACAGGACAACGGCACGUACCUGUGCAUCGCAGCCAACGCGGGCGGCAACGACUCCAUGCCUGCCCACCUGCAUGUGCGCAGCUACUCGCCCGACUGGCCCCAUCAGCCCAACAAGACCUUCGCCUUCAUCUCCAACCAGCCGGGCGAGGGAGAGGCCAACAGUACCCGCGCCACUGUGCCUUUCCCUUUUGACAUCAAGACCCUCAUCAUCGCCACUACUAUGGGCUUCAUCUCCUUCCUGGGGGUCGUGCUCUUUUGCCUGGUGCUGUUGUUUCUCUGGAGCCGGGGAAAGGGCAACACGAAGCACAACAUCGAGAUCGAGUACGUGCCCCGCAAGUCAGACGCGGGCAUCAGCUCCGCCGACGCACCCCGCAAGUUCAACAUGAAGAUGAUAUGAGGACGGGGCGGGGGGAACACGGACUUCCAGGCGUGCCAGGAAGGGGAAGGGGCCUGGCCACCGUCUGCCUGCUCCCCAGGCUUACUCACCUCCUUCGUGCCCCUCCACACACACUCUUUUUCUCCCUCCCACCCCUGCCCCUGCUGCUCCCACCAGCCCUCACCGGCUGCCCUCUUUCUACCAGGACCUCAGAAGUCUAGGCCUGGGGACCCCACCUCACAGGGGCAUGUGCUGACAGACUGGAGUCAGAGGCUGACAAACCGACAACGCGGCUCAGUCAGAUAAUUCAAUUUAAAAAAAAGUUACGAACUUCCUCUGUAACUUGGGUUUCAAAAAUUAUGGAUUUUUAUGAAAACUUGAAAUAAUAAAAAGAGAAAAAAA